AAGAAAGAAGAAAAGAGAGACCUAGGGAGAGUGUGUGUGAGAGAGAGAGAGAGAGCGAGAGCUAAAGAGCUAGAGAACGGAAUCCCCGAUGCGGCGGGGUGUCUCGCGCACGUAACGAGCGCAAAUGACGACUUCGAUGUUGCUCAGCUUCAACCCGCCUAUUGUGAAGCGGCUGCUAGGCUGGAAGAAGGCCGAGGGCGAGGACAAAUGGAGCGAGAAGGCCGUCAAGAGUCUCGUUAAGAAGUUGAAGAAGUCGGCGGGUCUUGACGAACUCGAGAAGGCCAUUACCACGCAAAGCUGCAAUACCAAGUGCAUCACUAUACCGAGGCCUAGCCCGGGUGGCGUGGGCGACAACGGGGUCCAAGGUGUCCGAGGUAAGGGUCUCCCCCACGUGAUCUAUUGUCGUCUCUGGCGUUGGCCAGAUUUACAAUCACACCACGAGUUAAGGGCGAUCGAGCAUUGUGAAUACGCUUUCACGCAAAAGAGGGACGAGGUUUGCGUCAAUCCUUAUCAUUAUCAACGAAUACAAACUCCAGUUUUGCCGGCCAUUCUCGUGCCGCGGCACAACCUAGCCGGGGACGAGAGCGUUCUGUACAACACCUCCCUCGAGGAGCUGAGCGUCAGCGUACCGGAAAACACGAAUUUCCACGCGACGUUGAAUCAUCAGCAUCACAAUCAACAAAAUAUACCGCAAUCGCCUCAACAGCAGCAGCAACAGCAACAACAACAACAACAACAGCAACAACAACAACAACAACAACAGCAGCAGCAGCAACAACAACAGCAACAACAACAGCAGCAACAACAACAACAACAGCAACCGAAUAAUCCGUACCAAGGAAUGCAGGUAAUUUUUAGUAUGCAGGCAACGAGUCCGGCGAGUGUUGGGAGUCUAGGAAGUGUACAGGGUUCACCUCAUCCAACGUCGGGGUCUCUGGAUCCUCCAGCUGAUACACCACCACCUGGUUAUAUCAGUGAAGACGGCGAUAAUAUGGAUCACAACGAUAAUAUGUCUUUGUCCCGCUUAUCACCAAGUCCUGUAGAUGCCCAGCCCGUUAUGUACUGCGAGCCAGCUUUCUGGUGUUCAAUAAGUUAUUACGAGCUAAAUACAAGAGUAGGCGAGACGUUUCAUGCCUCACAACCAAGUAUCACAGUGGAUGGUUUUACGGAUCCAAGUAAUUCCGAACGCUUUUGUCUCGGUUUGCUUUCGAACGUUAAUCGUAAUACCGUGGUGGAACAGACAAGACGACACAUCGGUAAAGGUGUUAGACUUUACUAUAUCGGUGGCGAAGUCUUUGCGGAGUGUCUAUCAGAUUCUAGCAUCUUCGUUCAAAGUCCAAAUUGCAAUCAACGUUAUGGUUGGCAUCCUGCAACCGUAUGCAAAAUACCACCUGGCUGUAAUUUGAAGAUCUUCAACAAUCAAGAAUUUGCGGCACUAUUGUCGCAAUCUGUGUCGCAAGGUUUCGAAGCGGUAUAUCAAUUAACGCGUAUGUGUACGAUCAGAAUGAGUUUUGUUAAGGGUUGGGGCGCGGAAUAUCGAAGACAGACAGUAACUUCUACACCUUGUUGGAUCGAGUUACAUUUGAACGGUCCUUUGCAAUGGUUGGAUAGGGUACUCACGCAAAUGGGUUCGCCACGUUUACCAUGUUCAUCGAUGUCCUAAAAAAAAAUAAAAAAAAAUAUAAAAUUAUCGAGUUAC